AUGGGAACCACCACAGCUCCUGUCAAGCGAAUCUUAUUUCAAUAUCCUCCUCUACCGGAGAUCAAGCUAUGCUUUGUUGUAUCUAUCUGUACAUUAGCUUAUGCAUAUUAUGCUGUAUUUAAAGCAAGUCAAGGCUUCACCUGGAAGUAUGGAGACUAUGGCAUUCAAAGUUCUUUGCCUAUUUUGGGAGCUAGAAUAAAGGAUAUAAGUAACUGGGAAUGGUUCAAAUGGUCUCCAUUUGCUUUGAGAUAUCUUCCCCUCUUUAUUGGCCAUACUAUCGUCUUCAAUGUUGGCUCCAAGUACUUAUCAGAUAACAUCUUCGUGCCCUUCUAUACUUUGUGCUCCAUAAUCGGCUCUGCAGUAUGGUUCACUCCAACACUAGUUCUGGGUAGUGUUACUCAGGGAACCAUCAUGUUCCUUGUAUCAAACUAUUUCAAAAACAAGUGGAGUGUAUGGCUGAGCUCAUUGCCAGCGUUGUAUGUGACAAUGCAUCACCCUGAAUAUCUUUCAGAUGAUCCAUUCCACAUUUUCACUUUUGUUUCCUACAGUUUCCUAUCAUACAUCUCCUUCAACCUGGAGACCUGCAAUUCCGUAGUCCGUAAGGAGGACGAUACUUUGCCAAAGAAAUACUUGAGAAUGCUCUUCUACACCUUUUACCAGCCAUACCUUUUCACUUUGAUUGUUCUGUAUCCUGAUUUUGAAAAUCAAUUUGCAAACCGGAAGACGAAGCCAAGAGAUUUGAAGAACGCUGUUUGGUUUGCUGUGCGUAUAGCCUUCUGGUGGACAUUGGCUGAAGUAAUGCUUCAUUACUUAUACUUUGAAGCUGUGUUGAGAGAUCACGCAUACGCUUUCUCCCUUCCCAAAGAUCAAUUUGUUGCAUUGGGGAUGGCCAUUGGGCUUUUCUUCCAUCUCAAAUAUGUUGUCAUAUUUGGUUUUCCUUCUCUAUUCGCGAAAUUGGAUAAUAUGUCGCCACCUGAGGGACCGAUCUGUAUCGUCCGUGUCACACUGUACUCAAAGAUUUGGAGAGAGUUCGACAGAGGACUGUACCAGUUCUUCAAGAAUUACAUAUUCGUGCCAAUCUGCGCUCCAACAUUCUCCCUUCCCCGCAAAAUAUUUGGAGUUUUCGUAUCUUACGGUUUCGUCCUCAUUUGGCACGGCUUCCAUCAUCACAAUAUCGUAUGGAUUUCUUUGAAUAUUCUUUCUCUCUUCAUCGAAAUGACCUCAAAAGCUUUGUACACAAUCGACGGAUUACGUAUUUGGAGAGAAAAGAACAUCAGUGACAUCAACUUCAGAAGAAUCCUAGCAUGGCUUCAGAUUCUACCAUUUGCUGUAGGGCUAUAUUCGAACUUCUAUUUCUUGGGAGGAUCUGAAGUUGGAGCAGCAUUCGUUCAACGUUUCCUGAUCGAAGAGACUAUCACACUCCGAUGGCCUUUCCUUUUGAUCAUCACAUUAGGAUACUUCAACUCCCAUGCCUGUAUGGAAACAGAGAGAUUGAAAUCUCUUAAGAAGCAGAAUGUAACAGAAGACAAGAAAUCCAAAUAG